GGCUACUACCCCCGCUUCUCGCCCUUCUUUUUCCUGUGCACCCACCACGGGGAGCUGGAAGGGGAUGGGGAGCAAGGCGAGGUGCUCAUUUCCCUGCACAUUGCGGGCAACCCCACCUACUACGUACCGGGACAAGAAUACCAUGUGACAAUUUCAACAAGCACCUUUUUUGAUGGGUUGUUGGUGACAGGACUCUACACAUCUACAAGUGUUCAGGCUUCACAGAGCAUUGGAGGUUCUAACGCUUUUGGAUUUGGGAUCAUGUCUGACCACCAGUUUGGUAACCAGUUUAUGUGCAGCGUGGUGGCCUCUCAUGUGAGUCAUCUGCCCACAACCAACCUCAGCUUCGUCUGGAUCGCUCCACCUGCUGGCACAGGCUGCGUGAAUUUCAUGGCUACAGCAACACACAGGGGCCAGAUUAUCUUCAAAGAUGCUUUAGCCCAGCAGUUGUGUGAACAAGGAGCUCCAACAGAGGCCGCAAUGCAGCUACACCUAGCUGAAAUACAUAGUGACAGUAUUAUCCUACGAGAUGACUUUGAUUCCUACCACCAACUGGAAUUGAAUCCAAAUAUAUGGGUUGAAUGUCGCAACUGUGAGAUUGGAGAACAGUGCGGCGCUAUUAUGCACGGCAAUGCUGUCACCUUCUGUGAGCCAUAUGGUCCAAGAGAAUUGAUCACCACAGGCCUUAAUACAACAACAGCCUCUGUACUCCAAUUUUCCAUCGGUUCAGGUUCAUGUCGCUUUAGCUAUUCAGACCCCGACAUCAUUGUGUCAUAUGCCAAGAAUAAUACUGCGGACUGGAUUCAGCUCGAGACCAUUAGAGCCCCUUCCAAUGUCAGCACAAUCAUCCACAUCCUCUACCUUCCUGAACACGCCAAAGGGGAGAACGUCCAGUUUCAGUGGAAGCAGGAAAAUCUUCGUGUGGGUGAAGUGUAUGAAGCCUGCUGGGCCUUGGAUAACAUCCUGGUCAUCAACUCGGCUCACAGACAAGUCAUUUUAGAAGAUAGUCUCGAUCCUGUAGACACGGGCAACUGGCUUUUCUUCCCAGGAGCUACAGUUAAGCAUAGCUGUCAGUCAGAUGGGAACUCCAUUUAUUUCCAUGGAAAUGAAGGCAGUGAAUUUAAUUUUGCAACCACCCGGGAUGUAGAUCUUUCUACAGAGGAUAUUCAAGAGCAGUGGUCAGAAGAAUUUGAGAGCCAGCCUACAGGGUGGGAUAUCUUGGGCGCUGUCAUUGGUACAGAAUGUGGAACAAUAGAAUCAGGUUUAUCACUGGUCUUCCUCAAAGACGGCGAGAGGAAAUUAUGCACUCCGUACAUGGACACUACCGGUUAUGGGAACCUGAGGUUUUACUUUGUUAUGGGAGGAAUUUGUGACCCUGGAGAUUCUCAUGAAAAUGAUAUCAUCCUGUAUUCAAAGACUGAAGGAAGAAAAGAACAUACUACACUGGAUACCCUUUCUUAUUCCUCAUAUAAGGUUCCAUCUUUGGUUUCUGUAGUCAUCAAUCCUGAACUUCAGACGCCUGCUACUAAAUUUUGUCUCAAGCAAAAGAACCAUCAAGGAUAUAAUACGAAUGUCUGGGCCGUAGAUUUUUUCCACAUCUUACCUGUUCUCCCUUCUACGAUGUCACACAUGAUACAGUUUUCCAUUAAUCUGGGAUGUGGAACCCAUCAACCUGGUAACAGUGUCAGCUUGGAGUUUUCCACCAACCAUGGGCGUUCCUGGUCCCUCCUGCACACUGAAUGUUUGCCUGAGAUCUGUGCUGGACCCCACCUCCCCCACAGCACCAUCUACUCCUCUGAAAACUACAGUGGGUGGAACCGAAUAACGAUCCCCCUUCCUAACGCAGCGCUAACCCGGGACACCAGGAUUCGCUGGAGACAAACAGGACCCAUCCUUGGAAACAUGUGGGCAAUUGAUAAUGUUUACAUAGGUCCGUCGUGUCUCAAAUUCUGUUUCCUAGCAUACUUUAUCCUUGAAUUUGGGGUCUCUGCAGCUCUGUGUCUCCCCAGAUUGCUCCCCUCAUCACUACCAUUAUUUGCUACCAGGAUUCCACCUCUCUUGUUUCCUAACAUUUUCUUGCCUGUGUAUAAUCCCCGGGCCUGUGUAUCUAAACUGACAACUCACUAUCCUGAUAAGCCCACCCCUGAGAGAGAUGUUAAAGAUGCAAAUGAGAAGGACAGAGAGCUUAGAUACCUUUCUGCACAUGUGUCAGCCAUCUGUGACCCUGGAUUUUCUGGCCCAGCUUGCGAGAUGGCAUCCCAGACAUUCCCAAUGUUCAUUUCUGAAAGCUUCGGCAGUUCCAGGCUCUCCUCUUACCAUAACUUUUACUCUAUCCGUGGUGCUGAAGUCAGCUUUGGCUGUGGUGUCCUGGCCAGUGGUAAGGCCCUGGUUUUCAACAAAGAUGGGAGACGUCAGCUAAUUACAUCUUUCCUUGACAGCUCACAAUCCAGGUUUCUCCAGUUCACAUUGAGGCUGGGAAGCAAGUCUGUUCUGAGCACAUGCAAAGCCCCUGACCAGCCCGGAGAAGGAGUUUUAUUGCAUUAUUCUUAUGAUAAUGGGAUAACUUGGAAACUCUUGGAGCACUACUCAUAUCUCAACUAUCAUGAGCCCAGAAUAAUCUCCGUAGAAUUACCAGAUGAUGCAAGACAGUUUGGAAUUCAGUUCAGAUGGUGGCAACCGUAUCAUUCUUCCCAAGGAGAAGAUGUAUGGGCUAUUGAUGAGAUUAUCAUGACAUCUGUCCUAUUCAACAGCAUUAGUCUUGACUUUACCAAUCUUGUGGAGGUCACUCAGUCUCUGGGAUUCUACCUGGGAAAUGUUCAGCCAUACUGUGGCCAUGACUGGACCCUGUGUUUUACAGGAGAUUCUAAACUUGCCUCAAGCAUGCGUUAUGUGGAAACCCAAUCAAUGCAGAUAGGAGCAUCCUAUAUGAUUCAGUUCAGUUUGGUCAUGGGCUGUGGCCAGAAAUACACUCCACACAUGGACAACCAGGUGAAACUGGAGUAUUCAACCAACCAUGGCCUCACCUGGCACCUUGUCCAAGAAGAAUGCCUCCCAGGUAUGCCAAGUUGUCAGGAAUUUACAUCAGCAAGUAUCUACCAUGCCAGUGAGUUCACACAGUGGAGAAGAGUCGUCGUGCUCCUUCCCCAGAAAACCUGGUCCAGUGCCACCCGCUUCCGCUGGAGUCAGAGCUAUUACAUAGCCCAGGACGAGUGGGCUUUGGACAACAUCUACAUCGGCCAGCAGUGCCCAAACAUGUGCAGCGGGCAUGGCUCCUGUGACCACGGCAUGUGCAGGUGUGACCAGGGAUAUCAAGGCACUGAAUGCCACCCGGAAGCUGCUCUUCCUUCUACAAUUAUGUCAGAUUUUGAGAACCAGAAUGGUUGGGAGUCUGACUGGCAAGAAGUUAUUGGGGGAGAAGUUGUAAAGCCAGAACAAGGAUGUGGGGUCAUCUCUUCUGGAUCAUCCCUGUAUUUCAGCAAGGCUGGGAAAAGACAGCUGGUGAGCUGGGAUCUGGAUACUUCCUGGGUGGACUUUGUCCAGUUCUACAUCCAGAUAGGCGGCGAGAGUGCGGCGUGCAACAAGCCCGACAGCAGAGAGGAGGGCGUCCUCCUCCAGUACAGCAACAACGGGGGCAUCCAGUGGCACCUGCUGGCAGAGAUGUACUUCUCGGACUUCAGUAAACCCAGAUUUGUCUACCUGGAGCUUCCGACUGCUGCCAAGACCCCUUGCACCAGGUUCCGCUGGUGGCAGCCCGUGUUCUCAGGGGAGGACUAUGACCAGUGGGCGGUCGAUGACAUCAUCAUUCUGUCAGAAAAGCAAAAGCACGUCAUCCCAGUUGUCAAUCCAACUUUACCCCAGAACUUUUAUGAGAAGCCAGCUUUUGAUUACCCCAUGAAUCAAAUGAGUGUGUGGUUGACGUUGGCUAACGAAGGAAUGCUGAAAAAUGAAACUUUCUGCUCUGCCACUCCGUCAGCCAUGGUAUUUGGAAAAUCAGAUGGGGAUCGAUUUGCAGUAACUCGAGAUUUGACUCUGAAACCUGGAUAUGUGCUACAGUUCAAGCUAAACAUAGGGUGUGCCAGUCAGUUCAGCGGUGCUGCCCCGGUUCUUCUCCAGUACUCGCAUGACGCUGGGAUGUCCUGGUUCCUGGUGAAAGAAGGCUGCUACCCAGCUUCUGCAGGCAAAGGAUGCGAAGGAAACGCCCGAGAAUUGAGUGACCCCACCAUGUACCACACUGGAGACUUUGAAGAAUGGACGAGAAUCACCAUUGUUAUUCCAAGGUCCCUUGCAUCCAGUAAGAUCAGAUUCCGCUGGAUCCAGGAGAGCAGCUCACAGAAAAACGUGCCUCCCUUUGGUUUGGAUGGAGUGUACAUAUCGGAGCCUUGUCCCAGUUACUGCAGUGGCCAUGGGGACUGCGUCUCAGGGGUGUGUUUCUGUGACCUGGGGUACACCGCCGCACAAGGAACCUGUGUGUCUAAUGUGCCUAAUCACAGUGAGAUGUUCGAUAGGUUUGAGGGGAAGCUCAGUUCUCUGUGGUACAAGAUAACCGGAGGCCAGGUUGGAACGGGCUGUGGGACGCUUAACGACGGCAAAUCCCUCUACUUCAAUGGCCCGGGGAAAAGGGAAGCGCGGACUGUCCCUCUGGACACGAGGAACAUCAGACUCGUUCAGUUUUAUAUACAAAUUGGAAGCAAAACGUCAGGCAUUACCUGCAUCAAACCAAGAGCUAGAAAUGAAGGGCUUAUUGUUCAGUAUUCAAAUGACAAUGGAAUACUCUGGCAUUUGCUUCGCGAGUUGGACUUCAUGUCAUUUCUGGAACCACAGAUCAUUUCCAUUGACCUGCCACGGGAGGCAAAGACACCUGCUACAGCUUUUCGAUGGUGGCAACCCCAACAUGGGAAGCAUUCAGCCCAGUGGGCCUUGGAUGAUGUCCUUAUAGGAAUGAAUGACAGCUCUCAAACUGGGUUUCAAGACAAAUUUGAUGGCUCUAUAGAUUUGCAAGCCAACUGGUAUCGAAUCCAAGGAGGUCAAGUCGACAUUGACUGUCUCUCUAUGGAUACUGCUCUGAUAUUCACUGAAAACAUAGGAAAACCUCGUUAUGCAGAGACCUGGGACUUUCAUGUGUCAUCAUCGACCUUCUUGCAGUUUGACAUGAGCAUGGGCUGUAGCAAGCCCUUCAGCGCCUCCCACAGCGUCCAGCUCCAGUAUUCUCUGAACAACGGCAGGGACUGGCAUCUUGUCACGGAAGAGUGUGUCCCUCCAACCAUUGGCUGUCUGCACUACACAGAAAGUUCAAUUUACACCUCGGAAAGAUUCCAGAAUUGGAAGCGGAUCACUGUCUACCUUCCACUCGCCACCAUAUCUCCCAGAACGCGGUUCAGAUGGAUUCAGGCCAACUACACUGUGGGAGGCGACACCUGGGCUAUUGACAACGUGGUGCUGGCCUCAGGGUGCCCGUGGAUGUGCUCGGGACGAGGGACUUGUGAUGCUGGACGCUGUGUAUGUGACCGGGGCUUUGGUGGAACCUACUGCGUUCCUGUCGUUCCUCUGCCCUCCGUUCUUAAAGAUGAUUUCAACGGGAACUUACAUCCAGACCUUUGGCCGGAAGUGUACGGCGCAGAGAGGGGGAAUCUGAAUGGUGAAACCAUCAAAUCCGGAACGUCUCUCAUUUUUAAAGGGGAAGGACUAAGGAUGCUUAUUUCAAGAGAUUUAGACUGUACCAAUACCAUGUAUGUCCAGUUUUCACUUAGAUUUAUAGCAAAAGGCACUCCAGAGAGGUCUCACUCUAUUCUAUUGCAAUUCUCUGUCAAUGGGGGAAUCACUUGGCACCUGAUGGAUGAGUUUUAUUUCCCUCAAAUGACCAACAUACUUUUCAUUAAUGUUCCCUUGCCAUACACCGCCCAAACCAAUGCUACAAGAUUCAGACUCUGGCAGCCUUAUAAUAACGGUAAGAAAGAAGAAAUCUGGAUCAUUGAUGACUUCAUUAUUGAUGGAAACAAUUUAAACAACCCUGUGAUGCUUCUGGAUACAUUUGACUUUGGGCCCAGAGAAGACAAUUGGUUUUUCUAUCCUGGUGGUAACAUUGGUCUUUAUUGCCCAUAUUCUUCAAAGGGAGCACCUGAGGAAGAUUCAGCUAUGGUGUUCGUUUCAAAUGAAGUCGGUGAGCAUUCCAUUACCACCCGCGACCUCAGUGUGAAUGAGAACACCAUCAUACAAUUUGAGAUCAACGUUGGAUGCUCAACUGAUAGCUCAUCUGCUGAGCCAAUAAAACUGGAAUUUUCAAGGGACUUUGGGGCAACCUGGCACCUGCUGCUCCCCCUCUGCUACCACAGCAGCGGCCACAUAAGCUCCUUGUGCUCCACUGAGCACCACCCGAGCAGCACUUACUACGCAGGGACCACCCAGGGCUGGCGGAGAGAGGUUGUGCACUUCGGGAAGCUGCACCUUUGCGGAUCUGUACGUUUCCGAUGGUACCAAGGAUUUUACCCUGUUGGCUCUCAGCCAGUGACAUGGGCCAUUGAUAAUGUCUAUAUUGGUCCCCAAUGUGAAGAGAUGUGUAAUGGACAUGGGAGUUGUAUCAAUGGAACCAAGUGCAUAUGUGAUCCUGGUUACUCAGGUCCAACCUGUAAAAUAAGCACCAAAAAUCCUGAUUUUCUCAAGGAUGAUUUUGAAGGUCAGCUGGAAUCAGAUAGGUUCUUACUAAUGAGUGGUGGAAAGCCAUCUCGGAAGUGUGGAAUCCUUUCUAGUGGAAACAACCUCUUUUUCAACGAAGAUGGCUUGCGCAUGUUGAUGACACGAGAUCUGGAUUUAUCACAUGCUAGAUUUGUGCAGUUCUUCAUGAGACUGGGAUGUGGUAAAGGGGUUCCAGAUCCCAGGAGCCAACCUGUGCUUCUGCAGUAUUCUCACAACGGCGGCCUCUCCUGGAGUCUCCUUCAAGAGUUCCUUUUCAGCAACUCCAGCAACGUGGGCAGGUACAUCGCCCUGGAGAUACCCAUGAAAGCCCGUUCUGCUUCUACACGUCUUCGCUGGUGGCAGCCCUCUGAAAACGGGCACUUCUACAGUCCCUGGGUUAUCGACCAGAUUCUUAUUGGAGGAAAUAUUUCUGGUAAUACAGUCUUAGAGGAUGAUUUCACAACUCUGGAUAGCAGGAAAUGGCUACUUCACCCCGGAGGCACCAAGAUGCCUGUGUGUGGCUCUACUGGUGAUGCCCUUGUCUUCAUCGAAAAGGCCAGCACCCGUUAUGUCGUCACCACAGACAUUGCUGUGAAUGAGGAUUCCUUUCUACAGAUAGAUUUUGCCGCCUCCUGCUCAGUCACGGACUCUUGUUAUGCUAUUGAAUUAGAAUACUCGGUAGAUCUGGGAUUAUCGUGGCACCCACUGGUAAGGGACUGUCUUCCUACCAAUGUCGAAUGCAGUCGCUAUCACCUGCAGCGGAUCCUGGUGUCAGACACGUUCAACAAGUGGACCAGAAUCACGCUGCCUCUCCCUCCUUACACCAGGUCCCAAGCCACUCGUUUCCGUUGGCAUCAGCCAGCUCCUUUUGACAAGCAGCAGACAUGGGCGAUAGAUAAUGUCUAUAUCGGGGAUGGCUGCAUAGACAUGUGCAGUGGCCAUGGGAGGUGCAUCCAAGGAAACUGUGUCUGUGAUGAGCAGUGGGGUGGCCUGUACUGUGAUGAGCCUGAGACCUCCCUUCCAACUCAACUCAAAGACAACUUCAAUCGAGCUCCAUCCAACCAGAACUGGCUUACUGUGAAUGGAGGGAAAUUAAGCACCGUGUGUGGAGCUGUGGCUUCAGGAAUGGCUCUUCAUUUCAGCGGGGGUUGCAGUCGACUGUUAGUCACCGUGGAUCUAAACCUCACCAACGCCGAGUUUAUCCAAUUUUACUUCAUGUAUGGAUGCCUGAUUCCGCCAAACAACCGAAACCAAGGGGUCCUCUUGGAAUAUUCUGUCAAUGGAGGCAUCACUUGGAACCUGCUAAUGGAAAUUUUCUAUGACCAGUACAGCAAACCUGGAUCCCAGGCAAGCAGAAAAUUGUGGAGUCCUUCUAAGGCAGCCCAGGGGCAGUCCAUGAGUGAGCAUUGGCUAUUCCAUGAUGAUUGUACAGUGGAAAGAUUCUGUGACUCCCCUGAUGGUGUCAUGAUUUGUGGCAGUCAUGACGGGAGAGAAGUGUACGCAGUGACUCACGACUUGACCCCCACUGACAACUGGAUCAUGCAAUUCAAGAUCUCUGUUGGAUGUAAAGUAUCUGAAAAAAUUGCUCAAAAUCAAAUUCAUGUGCAGUAUUCUACUGACUUUGGAGUGAGCUGGAAUUAUCUGGUCCCUCAGUGCUUACCUGCGGACCCCAAAUGCUCUGGAAGUGUUUCUCAGCCAUCUGUAUUCUUUCCAACAAAAGGAUGGAAAAGGAUCACCUAUCCCCUCCCUGAAAGCUUAGUGGGAAAUCCAGUAAGGUUUAGGUUCUAUCAAAAGUACUCAGAUAUGCAGUGGGCAAUCGAUAAUUUCUACCUGGGCCCUGGAUGCUUAGACAACUGCAGGGGCCAUGGAGAUUGCUUAAAGGAACAGUGCAUCUGUGAUCCAGGAUUCUCUGGGCCCAACUGCUACUUGACUCACACUCUGAAGACUUUUCUGAAGGAACGCUUUGACAGUGAAGAGAUCAAGCCUGAAUUAUGGAUGUCCUUAGAAGGUGGGAGUACUUGUACCGAGUGUGGGAUUCUUGCCGAGGACACCGCACUCUAUUUUGGGGGAUCCACUGUGAGACAAGCUAUUACUCAAGAUUUGGAUCUCAGAGGGGCAAAAUUCCUGCAAUACUGGGGGCGCAUCGGCAGUGAGAACAACAUGACCUCCUGCCAUCGGCCCGUCUGCCGGAAGGAAGGUGUGCUGUUGGACUACUCUACGGAUGGAGGAAUUACUUGGACUUUGCUCCAUGAGAUGGAUUAUCAGAAAUACAUUUCUGUUAGACACGACUACAUACUCCUUCCUGAAGAUGCCCUCACCAACACAACUCGGCUUCGCUGGUGGCAGCCUUUUGUGAUCAGCAACAGACUUGUGGUCUCCGGGGUGGAGCGUGCUCAGUGGGCACUAGACAACAUUUUGAUUGGUGGAGCAGAGAUCAAUCCCAGUCAACUGGUCGACACUUUUGAUGAUGAAGGCACUUCCCAUGAAGAAAACUGGAGUUUUUACCCUAAUGCAGUUAGGACAGCAGGAUUCUGUGGCAAUCCCUCCUUCCACCUCUACUGGCCAAAUAAAAAGAAAGACAAGACCCACAAUGUGCUCUCCUCUAGAGAGCUCAUUAUACAGCCAGGGUACAUGAUGCAGUUUAAGAUUGUAGUGGGUUGUGAAGCCACUUCCUGUGGUGACCCUCAUUCUGUAAUGUUGGAGUACACUAAGGAUGCAAGGUCCGAUUCCUGGCAGCUGGUCCAGAGCCAAUGCCUUCCAUCCUCUUCGAACAGCAUUGGCUGUUCCCCCUUCCAGUUCCAUGAGGCCACCAUCUACAAUGCCGUCAACAGCUCGAGCUGGAAGAGAAUCACCAUUCAGCUGCCUGACCAUGUCUCCUCCAGUGCGACACAGUUCCGCUGGAUCCAGAAGGGGGAAGAAACUGAGAAGCAAAGCUGGGCCAUUGACCACGUGUACAUCGGAGAGGCUUGCCCCAAGCUCUGCAGCGGGCACGGGUCCUGCACCACCGGCGCCGUCUGCAUCUGUGAUGAGAGCUUCCAAGGUGACGAUUGCUCUGUUUUCAGCCGUGAUCUCCCCAGUUAUAUUAAAGAUAAUUUUGAGUCAGCAAGAGUCACCGAGGCAAACUGGGAGACCAUUCAAGGCGGAGUGAUAGGAAGUGGCUGUGGGCAGCUGGCACCCUAUGCCCACGGGGACUCGCUCUAUUUCAAUGGCUGCCAGAUAAGGCAAGCUGCCACCAGACCUCUGGAUCUCACUCGAGCAAGCAAAAUCAUGUUUGUUUUGCAAAUCGGGAGCGCAUCGCAGACGGACAGCUGCAACAGUGACCUGAGCAGCCCCCACGCAGUGGACAAGGCCGUGCUGCUGCAGUACAGCGUCAACAACGGGAUCACCUGGCACGUCAUCGCGCAGCACCAGCCCAAGGAUUUCACACAGGCUCAGAGGGUGUCUUACAACGUCCCCCUGGAGGCACGGAUGAAAGGAGUUUUAUUACGCUGGUGGCAACCACGCCACAACGGAACAGGUCACGAUCAAUGGGCUUUGGACCACGUGGAGGUUGUCCUAGUAAGCACCCGCAAACAAAAUUACAUGAUGAAUUUUUCACGACAGCAUGGGCUCAGGCACUUCUACAACAGAAGACGAAGGUCACUUAGACGAAACCCAUGAAGAAUCAAAACGUUUCUUUUUCCUGCCAACAUGUGAUGUGUUGCUUUUCAUUCUUUUAAACCUCUCACUGCAUCUGAGAUCAGGAAACUCCUGUGAAGGACUUGGGGAUUUCCCUGACAGCCCUUCUCCAGACCGAGUGCCCACCACUGUCCCACACUGUGAACUAAUGCUAAGUGACUUACUUUCUCAUGAGUAAAUGUCUUCAUGUUGACGUGUCCGUGAAAAUUGUGAUCUGUCGUAAUAUCAGUUACAGUGGCAGUAUUGGAAAUAAGAAAUAGUUUAACAGAAAAAAAAAAGUUUAAGCACAAAAAUUUAAGAGAUUUUUUUUAUGUUCAAAAUGGCAUUUAACAUUCUUGGUCACAGAGCUAUUUAAGUGGACUGUAUUUCAGCUACGUAUCAUGUUUUAUAUGAUUAAAUGAUCAUGAGUCCUUUUAUGUAUUCUCUUUUACUAUAUAACAUUGACACUGUAUUUACUUGUUAUGUUGCAAUAUUUUGCUGCUGAAUUUCGGGCUACUUAUAUUCUGCAGAAAACUCUUUGACAUACCUACUCAAGAAGAUAGUUGUAAAGAU